ACAUGAGAAGCAAAAGCCUACAUUGCCACACUCCUUGACGCUCGCCUCCAGCUCCAACCCAUCGCCACCCUUCCCCUUCCCCUUCCCCUUCACCUUCAAUCUCUUCUUCCUUCCUUUAAUCCCCAAAAUUCCUUCUCAACCAUGGAGGAUGAUGAUGAGUUUGGAGAUCUCUACACCGACGUUCUCAGACCUUUCGCUUCUUCUUUCUCAUCUGCUCCUCAGGCUCAACUAUCCUCUCCCGCCCCUCCGCCUCUUCAACGCUCGAUCAAUAUCAAUCGCCACCACGCCGACGAUACUCCCCCCAAUGGACCUUCUUACUCCAACCCCGUUGUUCCACUGCCGCUUCCCAAUGAAACCCCACUUCUCCAGCCGCCUCGGGAGUCCAUACCUGCUGGUUCUUCUGGGUUCGUUCUCAAUUUGGCCGCCAGAAACGACGACGACGGUUCUCGUGCCAUGGAUGGCGAGGAUUUUGCUUCAUUUGAUGGUGAAUUAUCGAAUAGGGCUUUGGAGGAUCGGAAUUUAGGUGUUGAAUCUGGAAUUAUUGGUGCCCCUGUGGAAGAUGUCAAUUUGAUGGAUAAGGAUGUGAAAUUCGAUAUUGAAGAGGGGAAUGCAGAGGUUGAGGACGACGUGGGUGUGGAGCCGAUUAUUCCUGGCUUGUCUCCCGGCGGUGGUAUAUCGAUUCAUGGGUUAGGCGGGAAUUUGGAGAACACGGAAGGUUUUAGAACGAAUGAUGCUGUACGAGACCGGGGCGAAGGCGGUGACGCCUGGGAUAGUGACAGUGAGGAUGAUUUGCAAAUUUUGUUAAAUGACAGUGAUCGUGAGCCUAUGGCAGUGGAGAGAGGUGGAUUGGUAGGUGAUGAUGAAGACGAUCCCCCGCUGGUUAUCUUGGGGGAUAAUGAUCAGAAUCAGGUUAUGGAAGAGCAAGAGUGGGGUGAAGACGCAGUGCCGGCUGCGGAUGGCGAGAGAAAAGAGGCGGGCGAGGCUGCAAAAUCUAGUGCUGGGAUGGUUUUGGCUCCAAAGCUCGGAUAUAGCAAUUAUGGUUAUCGUCCUUUUCAUUCUCAAUAUAAGUAUGUGAGACCUGGUGCAGCACCUUUUCCUGGUACUCCUGCUUCUGUCCCUGGAGUAACUCCAAAUCAAGCUCGUCCACUUGUCAACAUGGGUCCUGUUGGUGGUCGUGGUAGAGGUGAUUGGCGACCAGCAGGAGCAAAAGAUCCAGCUUCAGUGCAGAAAGGUUUUCAUUCAGGUUUUGGAAUGCCUGGAUGGGGCAAUAAUAUGGGAGGGCGUGGUAGUGGUGGCCUAGAGUUCACUCUGCCUUCGCACAAGACAAUUUUUGAAGUUGACAUUGAUAGUUUUGAGGAGAAACCAUGGAAAUCUACUGGAGUGGACAUAUCUGACUUUUUCAACUUUGGUCUGAAUGAGGAUAGCUGGAAAGAAUACUGCAAACAUCUGGAACAACUACGCCUGGAGGCUACCAUGCAAAGCAAAAUUCGAGUAUAUGAGAGUGGACGGACAGAACAGGGCUAUGAUCCUGAUUUGCCUCCAGAACUAGCAGCUGCUGCAGGUUUUCGUGAUAUUCCCGGUGAUCACACUCUUGGGAAGUCUGAUGGUUUACAAAAUGAUGCAGGAAAAGGAGCAGCUCGUGUGCGGCCACCUCUGCCUACCGGCAGAGCAAUACAGGUCGAAGGUGGUUAUGGUGAACGUCUACCCUCAAUUGAUACUAGACCUCCCAGGAUUCGUGACUCUGAUGCUAUAAUUGAGAUUGUCUUGCAGGACUCUUUGGAUGAUAAUUUCUCCACAGGAAAUUGCACCCCGAACCAACAGAACGAUGAUCUGUCAAGAAAGGAUUUCAAAGAAGUCCAUGAAGCUGAGGAUGACAAUGCACAAAUUGAUAGUGAUACUGAAUAUCCUGACAAUUUUUCAGAAACUCAUAAUAGUGAACUGCGGGAAAAGGCUGGAAGAAGAAAAGCAUCAAUGAAUUCUGCUUCUGACAACAUACGUGAUGAUGUGAGUUUGCCUUACCCUUCAGAAGGACCAGGACACUAUGCUGCGUCUAGAGGCCAUACCCCUGCUUACCCUGCUCAGAAUUUGGGUAUUAAUGACGAAAGGCGGCCACAGGGUAGAACAUAUAAUAAGUCCCCUCGUUCUCCAAUACCGAACUUACGAGAUGGGAAAUCGUCUGACAGUCGAGAGGAAGGGUCUGUUGGAAGUAUGAAUGGUAAGCGUAGUCCACAUGAGUCAUCUCCUGCAAUGGUUGAGGCUACCCAGGAGUCUAGUGCCGAGGACAAGGAUGCUGAACAUGAUGAGCUCAUUGAGGCUGACAAGAAUACUGAAAUAGAUCGGGAGAAUGUGAAUUUCAUUACGACCAGCAAUUCUAAUAAAAGUGAUAGAGAUGGCGAAGUAAUGGAGAAUGAUGAGAAAUUGGGUCCUACAGUUGAACCAUUGGUUCUCAAAGACGAUGACGACAACGACUCAAAGGCUGCAAGUAGUGAAAAUAGAAAAACAAGAUCAGGGAGCAGCAGGGAUUAUCAUAAAUGGCAGGAUGGGGUCGAGGAGGAAGUAUUUCAAAAUAGACGCUCAUCAAGCAUGGGGAGCGUCAAGAAGUACAUCGAUGAAAAUGAACAGAAUUUUCGAAGAAAAGAUGGUGAUGACAAACAGGAUGAAAGGAACCAAAUGGAUGUCAAGGGGAGGAAGGAUGGUUAUGCGUGCAGAGACUGGGAUCCUAGCUUAGCUCAUCAACAUCCUUUGAAAACUGAUGGUUUCGAUAGGCGAAAGGAGAGGAGUAAUGCUGAAGCUGCUUGGCAAAGAAGAGAUGACGAUCCUUAUUACCGAAAAACAAGAACUGAAGAUACAAGAAAGAGAGAGUAUGAUGAUGACACGGGAUCUAGGCACCGGGGCAAAAUUCGUGAAAUUGAGAGAAGUGAUAAAGACGACCGCCAUCUAACUAAAAAGUUAGAUAACGGAAACUAUAGGGUGCAUUAUGAUAAAGGUGCUAGCUCAAGACAUAGGGAAAGAGAUGACAGUUUGAAGAGUAGAUACGAAAAUUUGGAUAGCUAUUAUAACAAGAAAAGGAAAGAUUCAGAACAUCUGAGGCGAGAUCAUGUAGACAAGGAUGAAAUCUUGCACGGUAAGAGAGAUAGUAAAAGCCACCGUAAACGGGAACGAGAUGAAGUCUUUGAACCACAAAAGAGAGAUGAGCUGCUGAGAGUUAGAGAUAACAUUGGUGAUCACCACUCUGUAGGGCACAAAGAGGAGUGGUUGCAAAGAGAAAGGAGUGAUAGGCCGAGGGAUAAGGAGGAUUGGCAUAGACCGAAACAAUCUCGUGAGGAAAAUCCAUCAAAGCGGGAUAGAGACGAAGGAAGGAGCUCUGUCAGGAGUGGGCAUGGCGCAGAAGAGAAAUCAUGGGGGAGCCACGUUAGGGUGAAGGAUGAAAACAAAGUUUCUGAAAAGGAGAACCAAGGAAAAGAUGUCGUGCGUCACGGUGAACAAAAUAAGAGGAGGGAUAGAAUAGAGGAUGAAAGUUCUCGUCGAGGACGCGAGGAUGCUUAUUCACGUCGAAAUCCACCCAGUACCGAGGACAGAAGAUCUAGGCUGGAAAAGUCUAGUACUGAAAGACAUACUGGUAAUGCUUUUGAUAAUCCGAGAAUACACGAUAAGAGACACAAAGACAGCAAGAUGAAGAACAGAGACGUCGAUGGCAGCGACCAUAACGCUUUAGGUCCUUCGAAGAAAAGCCAAGAGAGCCAAAACAAUUAUAGGAGUCAGAUGGUCUUGAAAGGCUCUGAUGAUCGUGGCGAUCGGGAGCAUUCAGUUCACCAUCACGGGUCCAGAAAACAUACCGAUGAUGCUUCCUCAGAAGACGAGCAGCAAGAUUCUAAGCGCGGGCGAUCUAAGUUAGAACGUUGGACGAGUCACAAGGAGAAAGAUUUCAAUAUCAACAGUAAGUCAUCAUCCUCAUUACUGUCUAAAGAAACUGAGAACAACAAUGGUGGUGGAUCUUCAGAAGCCAGCAAAAACCCAGAUGACUCCAUGAAGGCGGCAGCAGUUGAGGCUGCUGACAAUCACAAUUUAGCAGAAAAGAAAGACAGCGGCGAUCCGGAGUUGAAGACUGGCGUUUCUGAUACAAAAGUAUUGGAGGAUAAACAUAUGGACACGGUCGAAAAGUUGAAGAAGAGAAGCGAGCGUUUCAAGCUUCCAAUGCCAAGUGAUAAAGAAGCUUUGGUGAUAAAAAAGAUCGAGAACGAAGCACUGCCUUCUUCCAAAAGCGACAUUCCUGCAGAUUCAGAGAUCAAACCAGAACGACCUGCUCGGAAACGAAGGUGGAUUAGUAGUUAAUGAUUGAAACAAAGAAUAUAUUUGGUUGUAAUCUGUGGCGUUUCUUUCUUUCAAGGGAAGCUCCAUGACAAAGAGGCUUGUCCGUUUCGCCCACUGCCCGGCUCAGAUCGCCUCCGAGUCCCAUUCGUGGUACCAAUGAAGACCUCAUCUCUCUUUUAGUCGAUAUACAUUAUUUUGUAACCAUAUUAUCAUCAUCUUCAGGAGCAUCUUUUUUAAAGGCUUUGUGUAUAUACUACUAGCAAAAGACAGUAACAUUGAAUCGAUUACCGAAAGCGGCUUAGAAUGCGUUUAGACAUACUGUAUGAUUGUUACCUUCGAAUUCGUCGGAGAGCGUUCGACUGAGGAACAUGUCAUGCUUGUUUUAGGACCAUCUUAGUCUUAGAACUGUGCUAUAUUCAGUUUUCUACUAACAUUACAAUGACGUUGAGAUGCAUUUUUAGAAAAAUGUAUCAUUCUCAAAGUUCAACCACUUUUUGACAUAAAUGAAUGAGAUAGAUCCCAUUUUUCCUCCC